CCGAGUGUGGUUCCUUCUUUUGCCCCGUCAAUGAACCCAUCGCAGCCAUGCUUUGAAAGCGACGGUGAGCUUGGUAGUGAAGUCGAGAACUGGUUUGGUACCGAAUUGCAAAAGACAUCAGCCGAAAACACCUAUGGCCCUAUCGGGGGUUGGUGUUUUGGUCCAGGUGUCACCAGUAUGGAGUUUCUCUUCGCAAAGAAAUACACUUUCAAUGAAGACAUUUCGAACUGGGAUGUUUCUUCUGUCACUGCAAUGAAGUCAAUGUUUUAUUUUGCAUCAUCCUUCAAUCAAGACUUGUCAUCAUGGGAUGUUUCUUCUGUGACGGAUAUGGCUAGGAUGUUCAGAAAUGCAACAGCUUUCAAUGGAGACAUGUCAUCAUGGGAUGUCUCUUCUGUAGCCAGCAUGAAUGGAAUGUUCAGAGACGCACCAUCUUUCAAUCAAGAAUUGUCAUCCUGGGAUGUUUCAGAUGUAACAACAAUGCAGCACAUGUUCAACUCUGCAUCAUCAUUCAAUCAAGACUUGUCAUCUUGGGAUGUUUCUUCCGUUACAAACAUGAAUUACAUGUUUGCCCAUGCAUCAUCUUUCAAUCAAGACUUGUCAUCUUGGAAGGUUGUUUCUGUGACAACAAUGAGAGCGAUGUUUGAACAAGCAUCAUCUUUCAAUCAAAAUCUUUGUGCGUGGGUCUCACGCCUACCGAGCUAUGCCUACGUUGACUUCGCGUUUUAUGGCGCCGCCAGCUGCCAAUCAGAGUCCAAUCCAAACCUCUUUGCGACUACAACAGGGCUACCAGUAGGUCCAUUAUGUCAUUUCUGCAUCUAA